AUGCGACGCUACCCUGACACCUACACAUCCGACGAGGAGUUGCACACACCGUCCUCAGUAGUAGCGGAGGGCUUAAUGCCGAGGAGACAGCGAUAUUGGCGAGGCGAUCGCGGCGAUCGAAUUGGGUCCGCGGGUCAUCGGGCCGCCGCCCUCACCGGCUCUGAACUCCAGACCGUGAUAUCGCGCAGCCACCCGAAGCAGUCAAAGCUACGACAACUUACGAGAGAUUCCGUGGGGGGCCGUCGUCAACAU